AUGCCGAUCGGUCUGCUCGUCAUCGCGGGCAUCCCAACGACCAUUGGGGUCUGCGAGGCCCUUAGCGCGCAGAAGAAGGCGGAUGCGGCGGCCAAGGAGAAGGCCAAGUUCCACCUCACAGCCACCGUUUCACUUGAUGGACAGGGCCCGGUCGAGUGCUGGUGCAUACUGAAAGAUGGAAAUUUGUGGAUUGACCACCCCGCCUUCCCGAUGCCGGGACACAAGUUCACGGGUUACUACUUCACAUACCCGUCCGAGGCGAAACAACUCGGGCUGGUCAGCACCAUCGCUGACGACCCGCCCAUGCUCAACUGGCUUUUUGUCGACAAGGACACCAACAUGGUGCGGCACGGGGGCCGACAGGACACGCUGGGUGGACACACGGUCGGACCUUGGUUUUGGAGCGAUGACGAGCAGUGGUUGACCUUGGAAGGGGACUCGUUCCAGUUUGUGGCCGUGCAGUUGGACAACAAAAAGUGGGCAGUUGCCUUGGAUCGAGAUGGAGCAUUUAGCGGGGGUGGGGGGCGGGGGAAGGAAGGGAGUAAGAAAACGGAAACAAAAACGGAGAGGCCGCGGCGUCCCCGAAAGUGGAUUCCCAUCAUGCUCAGGAGACGGCUUCAGCUGGGCAUGGAGAGCCGAUACGUCAAAGGAGCAAAUGGAUAA